AUGCUUCUAGAAUUAGUAGUUUGUGUAACAAAUAAUCAAAGUGUUGUCUUUGUACAGGUGUUUGUGGAGAGGUUCUCUCAAGGUCUGCAGGCUGAAUAUAAAGCAAAAGGAAUCAUGAUACAGGUGCAGUGAUACAUCCAAGCAUCAGUGUGCAUGGAUCUAUUUUACAUUCAUAUAGAAGGGGGAGGGCACUCAAAUGGACUGACUGUGUAUGGACUGACUGUGUAUUGGCACGUUCAUCCCCCCUCAUCUCCCCUGUAACUAUUCCCCAGGUCAUUGCUGUAAAUCAGAAUGUUUUCUCAGUCAACUUACCUGGUAAAAUAAGGGUUAAAUAAAAUAAAAUAAAUAAAUGUAUUCAUUAGUUUGUACUCGGGAUCUUCUAUCAGAGCAGGGGUCAAUUCGAUGUGAAUUCAGGAGGUGAGUUGAAAUUCUAGCUAAAUCAAGAAUUGAAAAAUCAUAAGGAAAAUAAAUGGCAUUUUUCAAUUCUUGAAUUUGAAGUUAAAUUCACUUGCCCACUUGACUGAAUUAAAAUGGAACUGGCCUCAACACUGUCUACUCUAUAUGUCUGCUUUACUCUAUUUUUCAUUCCUGUGUCUCUGUGUCCAGGCAGUGGCUCCAUUUGGGGUGUCCACCCACAUGACGGGCUACCAGAAGCCCAACAUGGUGACCCUGACAGCGGAGGACUUUGUCAGGACAUCCCUGGUGUACCUCCAAGCCGGGGACAAGACCUACGGCAGCAUCUGUCACACAGUACUGGUAGAACACAUGAGAACAUUUACACAUAUGGAAAGUAGGAGUAUUUACCUUGUUUUCAGUCAUUGAAACAGGUGUGUGUGUGUGUGUGUGUGUGUGUGUGUGCACGUGUGUUGUCUCUACAGGGUUGGAUGGUACAGGCUGUUCCUCAGCAGAUCCUCCACAGUGAGACCAUGCAGGACAGUCUACUGGAGUAUGUGAAGAAAAGAGUGGGGUCAUAG